CGGGAGGAGGUGUAGGAGGAGGAUGUGGUAAGAAGUGUGAUACGCGUGAAGGCAUCGAGGGAAAAAGAAAUCGUUGAGGGUUUGUUUUAUUUUUUUAUUUUUAUUUUUUAUUUUGCUGCUGCUUUAUAGUCAUGUCCAGUGAAGUGGAAAAAGUGAAGACUAUUGAAGACGCUUCAGCUGAAGAGCAGCGGGAAAUGGAAGACAAGGUUAUCAGUCCAGAAAAAGUGGAAGAAGCCAAACUUAAAGCAAGAUAUCCACACCUUGGUACCAAGCCUGGUGGCUCCGAUUUCUUAAGAAAAAGAUUGCAAAAAGGGCAAAAAUACUUUGACUCUGGUGAUUACAAUAUGGCAAAGGCUAAGAUGAAGAAUAAGCAACUCUUGAGUGCUGCAGCAGAUAAAACAGAGGUCACAGGAGACCAUAUCCCUACUCCUCAGGACUUGCCUCAGAGGAAACCUUCACUUGUUGCAAGCAAACUGGCUGUCUGAUUUAAACUAUGCUGUGUUUGUUCCCCAUUUCACCCCAUUGUUCCUAUUUAUCUACCUUAAACUUCUCCCCUUUCCUUUUAUUUAUCAGUUAUUCUUAAACUGACUUGUACAGAUUCCACUAUGUGAUGCUGCUUCAGGAAAAGUGGGUAGGGGUUUGAUAGAUACCUGGAAAAAAAAUUAAAUUUGUCGAUGUAGGGGGUGGACCAAUUAACACAAAUAUGAAGUCUUGAUAUUAAUGUACUGUAGGACUGGACAACUAAUAUAAUCCUCAGUGUAGGAGUGAUUAAAUAACUUUGACAUUUUAAAAGGUUUUACAAUUUUACUGCAUCAUUCCUUAUUGAAAAUGACUAGUAUGACUAUUUAAUUACUUGUUAAUGCUAUGUUAUUUUUUAUAUAUGUAUAAACAGUUCAGAGAGCACUUGCUUUGCUGCAGUGAAUAUUUAACAAAUAAGCAUGUGUGAAAGGGAACUGGUUUGUAAAAUAGUGGCAUUUGUUGCCACAGAUCAUGAAGAAUAAUAAAAAAAUGCCUUAACCUAA